AGACAAGGUUAACGCCUCGUCUCCCACAGCUGUAUCUCCUGAACCCCUCCCUUGGAGACUUUGUUCUCUGUGGCCCUCUUUGGUUCUCUGCUUUUCUUGAUUUUCAUAGAGGAGCUUGAGAGUGCGCCCCCCCGUCCCUAAAAGGGCUCCAAACCGUAUCUUCAUUCUUCCAAGUGUUCACACUUAGUCACCAACCACUUCUGCUGCUGCAGCAAACAUUCAUCUUCGACCAUCCGGUUCUGUCCGCAUUGCCUUCCUCAAGCCUUUUUAGGCCAAGACGCAUGUCUUCUCAGGAGUCGGGAGAGAGCCCCCAAUCUCAGAAGAUGACCCAACCAGGUGGAGCCCAGGAGGAGACCUCCAGAUCCUUUCCAGCAACAAGUUCCAUCAGCCAGAACAGUGAGAUCAAUCAAGGCGCCCAGCAGUUUUCCGAGAUGCACCUGGCUGACCUACAGAAGGUGUUUGAGAAGGAGGCAGACGAGAAUGGAGCCCUGAAAAAGGAUGGCUUCAUCAAGAUCAUGAAGGGGGUGCUGAACAACAUGUCGGAGGAGAUGCUCGAGGUCCUGUUCUUGAAGGUGGACUCAGACUGCAAUGGCUUUGUCACCUGGCAGAAGUAUGUGGAUUAUAUGAUGCGUGAGUUCCAGGGCAAGGAGGAGAUGAGGAAGAGCCAGUACCGCCUGCGCUUCCACCUUCCCAUGACCGUCAUCCCCCUGCACCAUGGGAGCGAAGUGGUGAAAGUGGCCUUUUUAAACCAACGGUUAAAAAAGAUGGGGUGUUUCCUGACUGUCACCAAAGAUGGGGUCCUGCAGUUCUGGUCCGAGACCUUCUCAAUGAUGGAAUCCUUCCGGCUUACCCAGACCAAGCAGUACGGCCACCAGCAGAUGUGGGUUAUUGACGUGGCCUAUCUGCACAACAUGAACCUCAUUGCAGUUGCCUCCACUGAACUAAAGAUAGAGUUCUUUGAUAUCAGUGGGUACAGAUGUCUCCGAGCCUUCACCUUCAUUGAUCUGGAUAGCUGUGUCAUGGUCAUGGACUACUGGACCGACUAUCACAAAGCUAUUUUCUGCUAUGGGGACACCAAGGGCAAUGCUGUCAUCUUCAUCUCUGACAAUGUGUCUAGUGGGCUGUUCAACCCACAGAUCCUCCCCCGGACCUCCAAAUGGGAUCACUGGAUCACUGUUUCCCUGAAGAAGCUCUUAAAUGAGAGGGCUCCUCUGUAUAGAAGCUUUCGAAUGAAGGGUCUCCACCCCAACUGGUGCCAGCAGGUCAAGUACAUCCCACAGCUGAAUGUAGUGGUCUCGUGUUCAGCUGUUGAGAAGUCCUCUCUGGUGCUGGUAAUACUGCCAGGCAAAGAACCCGAGAAACCCAGGCUAUCAUCACUGAAUUUAAGAAAAGGAAUUCUUUGCUUUGACUACUGUCCAGACAGGAACUUUCUGGCAACUGGUGGCUAUGACCCCCACAUCCGCCUGUGGAACCCCCUGGUCUCAAAAAGGCCCGUGUGGCUGAUGAAGGGACACCAGACAUCGGUGACACACCUCCUCGUGAAUAGCAAGAACACCAGCAUCCUGAUCAGCAUUUCCAGGGACAAGAACAUUCGAGUGUGGGAUCUACAGGACUAUGUAUGCCUCCAGUCCUUCUGCGGGAAGCUCUUUCCCCUGGGCAACUGCCCCAUAACCAGCGCCUACUUUCACAGAAACAGCACGCUCAUCUGUAGCACCUACAAUAUUGGGAUCCUCAGAGGAUACUUGGAAUCCCAGGGCCCCCUGAAAACAGGGAAGAUGACGACUCACAACACACCUGUGUGUGCAGUCCUCUACAGCAAGAUCUUUAAGCAGGUGGUGAGUGGCUGCCUCCAGGGGAUAGUGAGCGUGUGGGACAUCAGCACGGGCAAGAAGAGGAUGGAGUUACCUGUGUCCGGCAUCCAGGAAAGCGAGCUGACUGCCAUGGCUCUGGACCAGUCGGAGAGGUGUCUCCUCACAGGCUUGCGUGAUGGCACAAUGCAGAUGUGGAAUUACAACACUGGGGAGUGCCUGUUGACCUUUCCCAACCCAGACAAAGUGGAGAUUAGUGGGAUUGUCCACAUGAACAAAGUGUUCUACAUGGCCGGGUGGAGUAAGAGAAUCACCAACUUCACGUUCCAAAAGGCCACACAGACCCUCUCCUGCUACCACUGGCAGAGCUUUCACACAGAGGACAUCCUGAGCAUGGACAAAUACCAGAACCAGUUCCUUGGGACCUCUUCCUACAAUGGGGACAUCGUCUUCUGGAAUGUCAGCACGCUGAAGCCUAUCUUGAGUUUCAAUGCUUCCAAGAGCCCUUUACCUUUACAACCAAAGAAGGUGAGAGAUAGAGAGUUAUGUGCACACAAAACUCCAGUCCAUCUAGACUAUGAAGAUCAAAAGUGGGCACACAAGCCCUGGAAGUCAACUGUCUCCACUGUGAAGAGGAGACUGAUGUCAGCUCCCCCAGUGAUGAAACACUGGAAAGAUACAGAGCAAGAGAGGAACAUGGCUCAGGAGAAACUGUACAGGAGUCACAAACCUGGAUUGUCUAAAAUGGUCCUCGACAAGUCGGUUCAUAAGCCAGCAUUUCACAAAGACUCUCAAAAGAGAAAGGGAGAAUUCUGGAAGAAGUUGCUGCUGCAGUCCAGUGUGUCAGUGGAGAAGAUCAUGUUUCUGCAGACCAGGCCCCGCCUGCCACACACGGCUGCCAUGCUUAGCAGCUGCAUUGAUGGCUUCAUCUAUGCCUGGUCCAUCCAUGGGAACGGAGGUCUGCUGGGCAAGUUCUCUGUGGACCCUGAAGACCGUGGGAAUGUUGUGGGUGCCAUGGCCACUGAUGAAAAUGACUGGAUCCUCCUCACCGGGGACAGUAAAGGAAAUAUCAAGAUCUGGGACAUCAAGGAUUACUGCUAUUUUAUUGGCCAGCAACCGCUCCAAUCCAGUGGGAACUCGAUCUCCGUUGACACAGAGAAUAAGUUCCGGCUCUUAAUUCCUAGGCAACUCCAGGUCUAUUCUGAGCACCACUUACCACAGCAGGAGAAGGAGGUUGUGGAAGGACAGACCAUUUCUCUGGUCCCCCCACCACUUCUGAUUACCUGGAGUAGCCACAUGGACAGUGUGACAGAUAUCCUGUAUGUGGACUCCUUCCGGCUGGUUGUCAGUGCAGGCGAGGACCGGGAUGUCAAGGCUUGGAAUCUCUCUGGUGAUACCAUAGGAACAUUUGGCCUGAAUCUUUGGAACAGACUGCAAGAGGCUGCAGUGAUCGACGACGAACUGGAGCAGGUGGCAAGAUUGGAGAAGAAGCCCGACUUAACCCGUGCCGUCCUCAAGCACUCCUUCCUAGAGCUGGACAAGGAAUUGGCUGAAGCUCUGGUGUACCAGCGGCGUGAGCAGGCCGCACUGAUGGCUCUUCUGCAUGGGAAAGCUGAGAAAGAAACUGAGGCAUGGUCCAGGCUGCAGCAGAUGUCCCUCACAUCCCCAUGGACCAAAAAGUCUUCUGUUGAAGACAUUGAGGAGAGCUGGAAUCGAUGGACUAAGGAUAAGCAGGCAAGCAGAAUUGUGGGAGCAGCAUACAAGCCCAAGGUGCGUGUUCGGAACCCCAAACUCCUGACCUCCAGAGCGCAGUUUAACUGGAUGAGGCAGCAGAUUUCUCCUCAGGUCUACCAAUGCCUGUCCUUCACUGACCUUAAGCCGAUCCAACAGCCUGACUUCAUGAUGCAUAAGAUCCUGGACCAAGAAGGCCGGCACAUCCGCUGGGUGGCCAGUGAUAUCCGGAGUGAUGGGGAGUCUUUCCGGGGUCAGAUCGUCACAGAUAUGGCAGCCGGCAGCUCACCUGCUGCCACAUACUCCUCCCUCUCUAUGAUUUCUGUGGGACUAUCACCCUCCAACUGGUCUAACUCCCUGAAGCCCUUUUCUUCUACUUCCUUCCUGAGGCCUUCAUCAGCCUCUCCAGUCCAUUCUAGUUCUUCUACACCACCACAGACCUUGGGUCUGCCCCGAAAAAGUCAGAGACCUCAAGGCCAGAUGUUGUCUCCUUGAAGCAUCCAAAACCCGGGGGAGCCACUCUCAUGUCCUCUCUGAAGUGGAGCUCCCGCGUUGUAUUGAGGUGUACAUUUUUCUCUCUGUUCUGUAGCAGGGGACCUAUAGGGUCUUGCAUGUCCCUGGCUCACUCCCUGCCAGGCUGGGAAGAUGCAGGCCUUUCCUCUCAUACUGCUUCUCUCGGUAUGACUUCAGCUGUCUUGUGGCUCUGCACAAUUCUGGAGAAGAAAAGAAAAUAAAUAUCCUCCUGUGUUAGAUUCCU